AUGGCAGCCAGUUUAAGAGACGUCAAACUCAACCAUAAUAAUGUCAAAAGGAAGUUAAAUGAGUUGGAAGAUAUUUCCAAUACUCAUGAUAAAAAACAACCAAUGAAAAAUAAAAAACUGCGAGUUUCAUUGAGGGGCGAAAAGCCAAAUACAAGGCUGAGUCCAAGACAUCAACAACAACAACAAGCACAUAUAGACAACCGGUACAUGCAUGGCAAGUCACACAAGAGGUCACAACAUCAUAGAGUACCACUUUCACCUCCACCACAACAAGAAAGAUCACCAUCUCCAAGUGAAAUAUCUUCGCCACCUGCAACCACCAAUCGUAAAUCAGUUUCAUUUGAUUUAACAUGUGAUGAUAAACCAUAUGAAGGUUCACCCCUUUUGACGCCUAAGGAAGAGGAUGACUAUAGUGAUGAUCCCGAGACACCUUCAUCACUCACCCCUUCAAAUUCAUCAACUACAUUAUCAACAGCUGCUACUACUUCGCCUACUUCCGAGCCUUCCCUUAUUGAAGAGGUAUCUGUGAAGGAAGAACGUGUGAAACCUGAUCUUAAUACCAAUCCUGACCAUAUUGCAUUAACAUCGUCAUUAAGAUUGGCCAAUCAUACAAAGGAAAGAAUUACACAAGAAAUCAUUGAAUUAUCAAAUUUACAACAAUCGUAUUCUCAUAAUAAUAAUAAACAAGAAUUAAUAGAAUUCUUUAUUAAAUUAAUGAAUAAUGAUUUAAAUUUACCAAAACCAAAUAAAAUUAUUAAAUGUCCAUCAAUUAAUUGGUGUCAAUAUCAUCCAGCAUUAUCAAAAGUAUCUCAAGAUUUUAAUUGUUUUAUAAAACAUGAUGAACAGGAAGUAGAAGAUUGCUUAUAUAAAUCGCUUCGAGUAUUUGAAGAUAAGAAGAAAUAG